AUGGACGUGGCAACGGAGAGGGUUGGCAGGCCGCACCCACGGCCAACACAGGCUUAUUACAUCCCGCCCCGACGUCAACAGUGCGGCCUGCCAUCAACUGUUAUUUCAAAUGACAAAAAAGAAGACACAGGCCCGCGUGAAAGGUGCACAAUCAAUCCACGAGCUGAAGGAUUGAGGGAUAAAAAUGAGAAGGGAAAACGAAAUGAGUACAAACAUGAUCCUCAAGUACAGCGCUCACCCAAUUCACCGAAAUCUCCCGAUGCAAAAGUCACUGUCCAAGCCACAAAACAAACGGUAGCUAAACCAAUGAGGAAGACAUCUCCUAAAACUGAGUCGAGUCAAAAAUUAUUGGAAAACGAAGUGCUGUCUCCAAGUCAGAAGAACGAGAAAUCCAAUGGGGGAAAUUUGAAUCUAAAUACACCGAUCGUCACUUUAAAUUUAAACAAACAAGUGAAAACGACAAUCAAUCAGCGAGAACAAAAAAAAGCGUCAUGCCGAAGCCAGGCUGUGCCUCGAGCUAGAUCACCGGUAUACAACCAAGAUGCUCCAAUUCUGUUAAAGUCCGAGAAAAAGGACUUGUGCAUUUGCGAUCGCCCUCCCACUCACUUAUACUGUAAAAGAUGUUCUUAUGAAUGCAAAGGGCGAAUAUUGAGAGUUUGUUCUGUACAUCCAACAAGACUUGCUCUUAUGGAUUUGAGAGAAUGCCCGAACAGUUUGUGUCAUUCGAUUCAACUCGCUGAAAUGGAUGAUAUCACGAAGCAACCAAAGGAUUCUACAAAAUGCGACUCAUCCAACGAAACACACUUGAUC